AUGGAAAAAUAAAAUCUAAUAUUCAAACCAUUUGAUUGAAAUGUGUGGUUUUAUUGUGCUUAUUUAAUGCGCGCCGUUAAUACUCGCAAGCUAUUCAGGAUCGUGAACUACAAGCUGAGCAUCAACAUGCGGUUCCGCACGACCUCUGAGUCGGGCCUGCUGCUGUGGAGUGGCCGCCGCAACAUGACCUCGAGCAGCGACUGCGUGGCGCUGGGGCUGUCCGCCGGCCGCCUGCACUUCCGCUUCAACCUGGGCGGCGGCGAGGCGCGCGUCGACUACAACUACACCGUCGUCAGCGACGGCCUGUGGCACCGCCUCAAGGCCACCAGCCGUCGCGGACUUGGUCUAAACUCUGAAGCCAAUAAUUAA